CAUGGCAGCGUCUAUGCGCGUAUUAUAACCUGUAAUCUGUUGUUUUUGUGAUAGUUUGAAAUUAUAGAAAAUAAAUGAUGUUAAAAAUAUUUAUUUCUAAUAUAAAGAAAAAAUAAAGUAUAAUACAAUGAUUAAAGGUGGAUAUAGUUGUGCAAUGAAAGAAUGCUCGAAUAUUUCUGGACGAGUUCCUGGGCUCAGUUUUUUUCGUUUUCCGCGAGAUCCAGAAAGAUCUAAGUUAUGGCUGAGAAAUUGUGGACGUAUUAUUGAAACCUCGACAGAAAAUCUAUAUAAAAAUUAUCGUGUUUGUGAAAAUCAUUUUAAAUCGUCAAUGUUUUUAAAUGAUUUGAGAAAUCGAUUGCAGCCACAUGCAUUUCCAAUACCAUUAGAUAAUUAUUUAGCACAUAAAUCAUUAUUAAUUUCUGACAAUCAGACAUUCUCAAAUAACGAUGGUAAAGAUGUCACUAAUUUUAUUUCUUUGAUAUAUGUUAAUAUUAGAAAUUCUAUUUAUUUUAUAGAUAUACAUUUAUCAAUUGAUAGUUCAAAUCAAAUUAUAAGUAAAAAAAAACAAAAGGAUCAGCAGACGCAGAUCGAAUUUGAUAGAAAAGAUAAAGAAAUACAAACAGACUCUAAAUUAUCAAAUUAUUUGCAAGAACAGAUACUCAGAAACAAGAUUUGUUUGUUACAAAGGAAAUUGCAAAAUCUAAAACAACAAUUAAAACGACAAAAAAAAACAAUAUCAGUGAAACAAACUUUAUUUAAAAGAAUUUUGCAAUAUUACGGGUCAACUUCUACCAUUACUCAUUGACUUUAGAAAAAUUCAAAUACAUUUUAAUCACAAGACAUGUAAAAGAACAUAUGAUUCUAAGAGAGUUUUAUUUGAACACAACCACUUAGAUCAGGGAUACCUAGACUUACAGUAACCAGUACGACUGAUCAAUCAAAUGAUCUCAUUUUCAACUAGUCAAUAAGCAUUUCAUUUGAUUAUACACAGUAUGAUUCUCUCUAUACAAAAAUCUAUUUGAUAAUUUAUACCAAAUGACAAUUUUGUUGUAUAUGUAAAGACUCUGGAAAACUUAUUUAACAAAAAGAUUGAAGAGAGAAUAUGUUUUGAAAAAACGUAUUGCUAGUAAAUUUUAAUUUUUUAUGCAAAUAGAAUUUAUUUAUUUUUGCUUCUCGUAUUUUCCAUAAUUAUUUAAUAAACGUUUAUGUUGGAGUACGAUUAUUUUAUCCUUUAAAAUUUAUUAACAAGCGAUUUUAUUUAUUAUCUAGUUUUAAAAGAGUGUAAUUUUGCGACAUCAUUAAAAUUUUAUGUUAUGUCCAUUUUUUUUGCAUGAUUUUAUAUAAUUUAUAGAUAUGCAUUUGUUAUGUUAAAAAUAAAUGUAUUUAAUUAA